AACGGUGUGUGCUUGACUUGGAAAGACUUGUGGGUUAUGGUGCGCAAUGGACAAACCGGUGGAAGCCAAUCCAUACUUCAAGGUGUUACCGGGUAUGCCAUACCCGGUGAGCUCCUAGCUAUUAUGGGUCCUUCUGGCUCUGGCAAAUCCACACUCCUUGACGCCUUAGCAGGAAGACUAGAUCCCAAGACUAGGAAGAGUGGUGAUAUUUUAAUUAAUGGAAUCAAGAGAGCUCUAGCAUAUGGGACUUCGGCUUAUGUGACACAAGAUGAUACAUUGAUCACAUCACUUACGGUCCGUGAAAGUGUCUACUAUUCAGCGCAGCUUCAACUGCCAGACUCCAUGUCUAAAACCGAGAAGAAGGAGAUAGCGGAAAUGACCAUAAAAGAGAUGGGUCUUCAAGAUUCAAUGGACACGAGGAUCGGAGGGUGGGGAGCUAAAGGCCUGAGUGGAGGCCAGAAGAGACGAGUUUGCAUAUGUAUCGAGAUCUUAACUCGUCCUAAGCUUCUCUUUCUUGAUGAACCAACAAGCGGUCUUGAUAGUGCUGCUUCAUACUAUGUGAUGAGCAGGAUUGCAAGGCUUGAUCAACACCACGGAAGGACCAUCAUUGCAUCAAUUCAUCAGCCAUCCAGUGAAGUAUUUCGGCUUUUUCAUAAUCUUUGCCUUCUUUCUUAUGGAAGAACAAUUUACUUUGGCAAGACGAGCUAUGCAAAUGAAUUUUUCGCUUUGAAUGGCUUCCCUUGCCCAAAUUUCCAGAAUUUAUCUGAUCACUUUCUUAGAACAAUAAAUAAGGAUUUUGAUGAGGACAUUGAACAAGGUUCAGCUGAAAGGAUAGCUACAGAGGAAGUUAUUAAUAUCUUAAUAGAUUCUUACAAGUCAUCUACUACUUACCAAGAAGUUAACAGUAACAUAACCGAAAUCUGCGAGAAGGGUGAUGCAGCACAUGAUAAUAUUAAGGACCAUGCUAACUUCUCAACCCAAUCUCUUGUACUCACGAAGAGGUCUUUCGUCAACAUGCAUCGUGAUCUUGGCUACUACUGGUUGCGCCUCGCUAUAUACUUAGCAUUGUCCUUAGGUCUUGGAACACUCUACUAUAAAGUUGGGUCCAGUUAUAGUUCAGUUGAGGCUAGAAGUUCGAUGCUAAUGUUUGUGGCUUCAUUCUUAACAUUCAUGGCCAUAGGGGGGUUCCCCUCAUUUGUGGAGGACAUGAAAGUAUUCGAACGUGAAAGAUUAAAUGGACAUUACUCAACCGGGGCUUUUGUUAUAGCAAACACCCUAUCUUCAAUUCCAUACUUGUUACUAGUAUCCGUGAUUCCAGGGACAUUAGCAUACUACCUAGCAGGACUUCGUGACGGAUUGGAUCACUUUGCAUACUACACAUCGGUACUAUUUUCUUGUAUGUUGGUAGUUGAGAGCCUUAUGAUGAUCGUCGCAAGCAUAGUUCCGAAUUAUUUAAUGGGAAUCAUAGUAGGUGCGGGGAUUCAAGGCCUCAUGAUUCUAGGUGGUGGGUUCUUUCGCUUACCCAAUGAUUUACCUUACCCGUUUUGGAAAUACCCUCUAUUUUACAUUGGAUUUCACAAGUAUGCCUAUCAAGGACUGUUCAAGAACGAGUUUGAAGGGGUAAUGUAUGUCUAUAAAGAAGCCGGGGUGCAAAAAGUUAUCGAUGGAGAAUAUAUAUUAAGGGAGAAAUGGCAAGUUGAAAUGGGUUAUUCAAAGUGGACUGAUUUGUUGAUAAUAUUUGGGAUGGUGGUGGUUUGUAGGGUUUUGUUUUGUGUUAUAAUCAUGAUCGCUGAGAAGGUUAAGUCUGGUUUAAUGGCUGUGGUGUUUUGUAUGCCAGAGAAGAAGAAAGGGCAAGUGAUGAUCAAUCCAUUUGCCACACCUUCUCAUUAACUAGUCAA